CGCAUCGUGACCGCACGACGCGUUGGACGUGCGCCGAGUCGCGCGCGAUAACACGCCACACUACGAUCCCGCCAUGGUGUCCAUGGGCGCGUGGAGGCGUCGCGCGCCCGACGACUGCGAGGAGCGCUCCGAACCCGGCGCCUCCAGCUCGGGCGUGCCGCGCGCGGCCCCCAACUGCGCGCGCUGCCGCAACCACCGACUCAAGGUCGAGCUGAAGGGACACAAGCGCUACUGCAAGUACCGGUACUGCACCUGCGAGAAGUGCCGGCUGACCGCCGACCGGCAGCGAGUGAUGGCGCUGCAGACAGCUUUGAGACGUGCGCAGGCGCAGGACGAAGCGAGAGCGCGGGCGAUGGAGGCGGGCUUGCAAGCGCCGGGUGUUGAAUUGGAAAGACCGGAGCCCCCGAUAGUUAAAGCGCCCCGUAGUCCAGUGGUGCCGCCGCCCGCGCCUCGUUCCUUGGGCUCGGCCAGCUGUGAUUCCGUCCCGGACUCUCCCGGUGUGUCUCCUUACGCGCCCCCUCCGCCACCGCCGUCGGCUCCGCCGCCAUCGAACAUGCCGCCGCUGCUGCCGCCCCAGCAACCCGCCGUGUCACUAGAGACCUUGGUGGAGAACUGCCACAAGCUGCUGGAGAAGUUCCACUACUCGUGGGAGAUGAUGCCUCUGGUGCUGGUGAUCCUCAACUACGCGGGCAGCGACCUGGACGAGGCGUCCAGGAAGAUCGACGAAGCACAAUGGGUGGUCAACCAGUGGCUGUACGAGCGGUCGCUGUGCUCGCUUCUGGAGCUGCAGGCCCGGAAAGGGUCUUACGCGAUGUGCUGUUCCCCGCGCUACCUGCUGGCUCCGGACUACGCCCAACACUUGCUGCCCAUCCCUCUCACCACGCAGCGCGCCUCGCCGCCGCCCGCGCACUUGUAGCGAUGCGACCCCGCGCCGCGACAGGCGGCGCACGAGCCCACCGAGCCCCCCUCGACUUCGACCGCGGGGGCGCCCAGCGACCCCUAGUGGGCUCCCUCGGGACAUCACCUCACAGUGCUACUACUACACCGGACGCCUAUACAGUGACCAUGUGUAAAUGUUCCGACCCCAUGCUGACAGUGUGUUCUAGUUUAAAUUGUUGUUCCACGACAGUGUUUUGUUUAAUUUUGUUUUUUAGUCAAGCGAGCCAUUUGGAAAGGUGACUUCGCGUGAGGCGCGAGCUUAAUACUACUGGUCAUCGAAUAAAUUGACUCUUUUUUUGUGAAAAAAAAAGAAAUACUAUCAGUGCCUUUUGCGUUCAGCUGUACCUAUACCGAUUUUACCAGACAGAGUUACGAUAAAUAUUCGCUUCAUUGUAUUCUUGAUGCAGUAAUAAAUAUUUUGGUUAACAUAAUUUAAAACAAAAAGUUGUAUUUCUUUAAGGAUUUUUCGACAAUUCUAUUUUUUCGAUGACCAGUUUUUGUUUAAUUUACCUAUUAAAGGUAUAUUCGCAGUCCCAGGAUCUGGCGUAAAACACUAGAUUCGUGUAUUUAUAUUUGUAUAUAUUACUGGUUAAGGACACAUCUCGUGGCAUUAAGUCCGUAUUAUUAUUUUCGUAUAAGUAAUAUUAACGUACCAGCUCAAGUUUAAGUCUCCCGUUGAGUCACUUUUUUAUCUUUAAUUAAUUACGCAA